UCACGUCAGAGGAUUGUCACCAAGAACACACAGCUGUGGCUCUCGCUAUGAAAGUCGACCGCAGUCGGGAAUAAUCUAUCAUUUCGUUUAUUUUCAUACCCUUUUCCCCUAGAAACACUGCGGUAUAGAAACGACUAUUUGCUUAUUAAAAAUGGAGCAGUCAGCGCCGAAAAGCAAGUUGAAAAAGCUCAGCGAAGACAGCCUGACCAAGCAGCCGGAGGAAGUGUUUGAUGUUCUCGAAAAACUUGGCGAAGGGUCUUACGGCAGCGUCUACAAAGCCAUUCACAAGGAGUCAGGACAGGUGGUGGCCAUCAAGCAGGUUCCUGUAGAAUCGGACCUUCAGGAAAUCAUCAAGGAGAUCUCCAUUAUGCAGCAGUGCGACAGUCCCUAUGUAGUGAAGUACUACGGCAGCUACUUCAAAAACACAGACCUAUGGAUCGUCAUGGAAUACUGCGGAGCCGGUUCAGUCUCCGACAUCAUACGUCUGCGUAAUAAAACGCUUACAGAGGAUGAGAUAGCCACGAUCCUCAAGUCCACCUUGAAGGGCCUGGAGUACCUGCACUUCAUGAGGAAGAUCCACAGAGACAUUAAAGCCGGGAACAUCCUCCUGAACACAGAAGGCCAUGCGAAGCUGGCCGACUUCGGAGUGGCCGGACAGUUGACGGACACGAUGGCCAAACGCAACACGGUGAUUGGGACGCCCUUCUGGAUGGCUCCCGAGGUGAUCCAGGAGAUCGGCUACAACUGUGUGGCGGACAUCUGGUCCUUGGGUAUCACCUCCAUCGAGAUGGCCGAGGGCAAGCCUCCCUACGCUGACAUCCACCCCAUGAGGGCCAUCUUCAUGAUCCCAACGAACCCGCCGCCGACCUUCCGGAAGCCCGAGCUGUGGAGCGACGAGUUCACAGACUUUGUGAAGAAGUGCUUGGUGAAGAACCCUGAACAGAGAGCGACUGCCACUCAGCUCUUACAGCACUCCUUCAUCAAAAACGCCAAGCCGGUGUCCAUCCUGCGGGACCUCAUCGCGGAGGCCAUGGAGAUCAAGGCCAAGAGGCACCAGGAACAGCAGAGGGAGCUGGAAGAGGAUGACGAGAACUCGGAGGAGGAGGUGGAAGUGGACUCCCACACCAUGGUCAAGUCGGGGUCGGAGAGCGCAGGCACCAUGCGUGCCACAGGCACCAUGAGCGACGGGGCGCAGACCAUGAUUGAGCAUGGCAGCACCACGCUGGAGUCCAACCUGGGCACUAUGGUCAUCAACAGCGAUGACGAGGACGAGGAGGAGGACAGCACCAUGAAGAGAAAUGCCACCUCCCAGCAAGCUCCACGACCUGCCUUCAUGGACUACUUUGACAAGCAGGACUCGAAGAACAAAGCCCAGGAGAACUGCAACCAAAACCGACCGGAGUCUUAUGUCAUCGCCAAGAAUGUUUUCCCCGACAACUGGAAGGUGCCGCAAGAUGGAGACUUUGACUUUCUGAAGAACCUGAGCUUCGAGGAGCUGCAGAUGCGUCUGAGCGCGCUCGACCCCAUGAUGGAGCGGGAGAUCGAGGAGCUCCGCCAGCGCUACACCGCCAAACGGCAGCCCAUCCUGGAUGCCAUGGAUGCCAAGAAGCGCCGGCAGCAGAACUUCUGAGGAUCCUUGUGCUGGGUUCACUUGGUCCCUGUCUCCAGGAACGAGACUGGCCUCUCGCCAGGGCCAUCUCCACCAAAGCUGAGCCUCUCCUUCCUUCUUUCAUAAACCACACCAUGUUCUCAUGUCACCGUAAGUGUGUGGCUUGGGGCGGUGUCCCUCUGUUUCCUGGACAGUCCAUUCUGACAAAUAAUGGGAUCAUGUCCAUCCUUUUUGUACCCGACAAGACCGACUCAGAGGCCCCGGCAGCAUAGUAACAUUCCAGAACCCCACGAAGACCAAGACUCCGAUUUUACCGAGGGCAUACUCCCCCCAUGCUCCACAUCACCUGUCUGUUACCUGUAACUUCCUGGACAAUACGCAACAAAACUGUCAUUAUGCUAAUAUACUAUAUUUGUUAUUUAAAAGAGGAAUAUAGAGUAUGAAAUGUGUUCAGCUCCUUUGUUUUUUUUUUAUUUUUGUUGUAAUUAUAAUUAUUAUUUUUCCCUUCUCCAUCUUUCGUUGAGGUUUUUAAUUAGGUGUGAAAGAGUUGGACUCCACAGUGCUGGAAACCAAAGAGACUUGUGAAGGAUGCAUUGUGUUGUGACGAUACACGAUGAACCGGGUGCCUUAUGAAGGUUUGACGUCCAGCCUGCGUGGACAUUUUGACCACUACAUAUAAAGCAACACUGCUUCCAUCAUACAGGAAGAAAUGUAUCUGGAAACUUCUAGAAUGUGGGGAAAAAAAUAUUAGGGGAACAUCGCCUUCUUUUUAUUAUGAGCACCUUUGGGCUUCAGACGAGGUUUGACAAA